AAGAAUUUAAUUUUUAGGUGUAUUUCCCUCUCGGUCCCUUCGCUCUUUUCUCAGCUACAAGUGUAGUAGAAACCUCGACUCCGCCACCGGACUUCCCCUCCAGCAUACACACCAAAUCCAAGUCCAAAUCUCUCUCUCUCUCUCUCUCUCUCUCUCUCACUUCGAAGAAAAUAUGUUGUUCUUCUCGUACUUCAAGGACUUGGUGGGGCGAGAAGUGACGGUGGAGUUGAAGAAUGACCUUGCAAUCAGGGGGACUCUACACUCCGUUGAUCAAUACCUCAACAUCAAGCUCGAGAACACUAGGGUUGUCGAUCAGGACAAGUAUCCCCACAUGCUUUCAGUGAGGAACUGUUUCAUCAGGGGGUCAGUUGUGAGAUAUGUUCAACUACCUCCGGAGGGAGUCGACAUUGAGCUACUUCAUGAUGCCACUAGAAGGGAAGCCCGGGGUGGAUGAGUAUUGUAUUUGCUGUAUUCUAUAAAUACUUGAUUCAGGUUACUCAUCGUUGAAACUAUUGGUUGUAGAAAAUCAUGCAGUGUGAUAUGAUUUAUGGUUAAACAAGCCCAGUGAUUUUUCUCCUUAA